ACGAUGGUUUCUCAAUUUUUCCUAUUUUUAUGAUGUAUGCUAUUUUUUUUGAAACACAAUCGAAAGAUUUAAAAUUAGUAGCUGAAAAUGUAAAAAUUAAAAUGAGUAGGGCGCGAGAUGCCAAAUGUUUUUUUUUUUUUACUUUUAAUUUUAAAAUUAUGAUGGGCCUAAAAGCCCAUUAAACAAAAUAACCGCAAAAUCGAACAAACAAUCGAAAAUCAUUUCCGUCUAUAUACCCUCCCUACAUUUCGAUUCAUCUUCAAAUCCUCACUACUUCCCUCGUUCUCUCUUUCUCUCUCUUUUAUUCACUAUUUCUGACGAACUCUCCGAUUAGGGCAUAAUCGAUAUGCCCCUCUUUAUCUCCGAUGAAGAACUUUCGCGGUUAUCCGGCGAUACCACCGCCGUAGCCGCUAAAGCCGACGCCUACAUCCGCGGCCUCCUCAACGAACUCGACACCGUCCGUGCUAAAGCUGAUGCCUCCGACAUCAACGCCGAGCAGAAUUGCUCUCUCGUUGAGCAGAAGUAUCUCUCCCUCUCUUCCGAGUUCUCCAAGCUCGAAUCCCAUGCCGCCAGCCUCCAAUCUUCGCUUGAUCAACACCUCCGGGACCUUUCUGAUUCCCAAGCGAAGAAUCACCAAUUUCAUUUGCAAUUGGUUGAGAAGGAUAGAGAGAUAGAGAGGUUGAAGACGGAACUGAGUGAGCUGCACAAGUCAAAGAGGCAGUUGAUUGAAGUGAAUGAACAGAAGGAUUUGGAGAUUAGUGAAAAGAACACAACCAUCAGGAGUUACCUUGAUAAGAUUGUACAUUUGACGGAAAAUGCUGCCCAAAAGGAAGCACGCUUUAGUGAAGUUGAGGCAGAAUUGGGGAGAUGCCGGGCUGCUUGCACUCGCCUCCAGCAGGAGAAGGAGAUUGUUGAGAGGCAGAAUGCUUGGCUUAAUGAGGAGUUGACUGCUAAAAUUAACAGUUUCUUAGAGUUGCGCAGAAAACAUACAGAAUCAGAAACCGAUAUAUCUUCCAAACUUGCAGAUGUUGAAAGACAGUUCAGUGAAUGCUCUAAAUCUCUACAAUGGAAUAAGGAUAGAGUAAGGGAGCUAGAAAUGAAGCUUAAGUCUAUGCAAGAGGAAUUAAUAUCAGCUAAAGAUUCUGCUGCAGCCAACGAAGAGCAAUUAUCUGCUGAACUUUCAACUGUCAAUAAGCUUAAUGAGCUCUACAAAGAGAGUUCCGAGGAAUGGUCUAGAAAAGCAGCGGACCUAGAGGGUGUUAUAAAAGCGAUGGAGUCACACCUAAAGCAAGUUGAAGAUGACUACAAAGACAGACUUGAGAAGGAAUUUUCUGCUAGAAAGCUGUUUGAAAAGGAGGCUGCGGAUUUGAAAGAAAAGCUUCAGAAGUGUGAAGCUGAUAUUGAGAGAACCAAGAAGAUGAAUGAACUAAGCAAUCUUCAACUCACAAGCUUCUCCACUGAACCGUGGCUGACACCUAUUGUAGCUGAUAACAUGGAUGUAGAAAAUAAUGCGCUAAUAUCAAAAAUCCCUGUUGGGGUUUCUGGAACAGCAUUAGCUGCUACACUUUUGCGAGAUGGGUGGAGUUUGGCAAAGAUGUAUGCAAAAUACCAAGAGGCUGUCGAUGCUUUGCGACACGAACAAUUGGGAAGGAAGGAGUCAGAGGGAAUUUUGCAACGGGUUCUAUACGAGUUGGAGGAGAAAGCAGAAGCCAUAGAGGAUGAGAGAGUGGAACAUGAAAAGAUGGCCGAUGCAUACUCUUUGAUGAACCAAAAAUUGCAAAACUCCCUCAACGAAAAUUCUAACUUAGAGAAAACCAUCCUGGAACUGAAGGCUGACCUCAAAAGGCAUGAACGUGAAUAUAAUCUUGCCCAUAAAGAAGUUGAUGACCUUCGAAAACAGGUGACAAUACUUUUGAAAGAAUGCCAAGACAUCCAAGUUCGUUGUGGGUCAUUUGGUAAUAAUAUCAACGUUAAUGUAACCAAUACUUCUUUAAGAACAAGUACAAAUUCUGAAGCUGACGGUGUCAUAUCAGAGCACCUUUUAACCUUCAAGGACAUUAACGGACUAGUUGAGCAGAAUGUCCAACUCAGAAGCCUUGUACGCAGUCUCUCUGGACAGCUUGAAAAUCAGGAGGUGGAAUUCAAGGAAAAGCUUGAAAUGGAACUCAAAAAACAUACUGAAGAAGCUGCUUCUAAAGUUGCGGUUGUUCUGCAGAGAGCGGAAGAGCAAGGGCAGAUGAUUGAAUCGCUUCAUACUUCUGUUUCAAUGUAUAAGAGGUUGUAUGAGGAGGAGCAUAGUCUUCAUUUAUCUCACACCCAUUCUUCAGAAGCUCUUGCAGUUGCUGCAGAAGUUGGAAGAAACAACAUGAAUACUUCAAAUGAAAGUUCACAGGAGGUUUCUAAGAAGUCUCUUGAAAAAGCUGCAGAGCGUGUAAGAUGUCUUGAGGAUGAUUUAGCAAAGUCUAGGAGUGAGAUUAUUGUAUUACGAUCAGAACGUGACAAAAUUGCAAUAGAAGCAAAAUUUGUCAGAGAGCAGCUUGAUAGCUUUAUGAAGGAAUUUGAACACCAGAAUGCUGAAGCAAAAGGCAUUUUAGCAAGAAAUGUGGAGUUUUCUCAGCUAGUUGUCGACUACCAACGGAAAUUACGGGAGAGUUCAGAGUCAUUGAAUGCUGCUGAGGAGUUUUCUCGGAAACUUUCUAUGGAGUUGUCGGCAUUAAAGAGUGAAAAGGAAGUCUUAUCAAAUGCCGAAAAGAGAGCAUCUGAUGAGGUUCGCAAUUUAUCUGAGAGGGUGUAUCGCUUGCAGGGUACGUUGGGUACCAUACAAAGUGCUGAAGAAGUUCGAGAGGAAGCAAGAGUUGCUGAAAGGGUAAAACAAGAAGAACAUACAAAGCAAUUGGAGAGGGAAUGGGCUGAGGCCAAGAAAGAGUUACAGGAAGAGAGAGAAAAUGUGCGGAGACUUGCGCUUGAUCGGGACCAGACCAUGAAAAAUUCUCUGAGACAGGUUGAGGAUAUGGGCAAAGAGUUAACUAAUGCACUGGGUGCACUUGCGUCUGCAGAAUCUAGGGCUGCUGUGGCUGAGGCAAAACUCUCAAGUCUUCAGAAACAAAUGGAUUCUGCAGAUGGGAAGCUUGUCAAUAUGGAUGCAGUGAAUGGACCUUCCACUGUAUCUAGAGAUGAGGUUGUUGCUGAAUUGCAAACAGCAAAAGAAGAGAUUGAGAAACUGAAAGAAGAAGUGCAUGCUAACAAAGCGCACAUGAUGCAGUAUAAGAGCAUCGCUGAGGUGAAUGAAGAUGCAUUGAAACAAAUAGAAAAUGCACAUGAGGACUACAAGAUAGAGGUUGACAAUACAAAGAAAUCUCUAGAAGCUGAAGUGCAUUCACUUAGAGAGAAGGUUUCAGAGCUUGAAAAAGAAUCUAGUUUGAUAUCAGAAGCAGUGGUAUCUGCAACUGCUGGAAAGGAAGAGGCUCUGACAUCUGCUUUGGCUGAGCUAACAAAUCUCAAAGAAGAAAUUUUAUCGAAAACUUCUCAAAUUUCAGAGAUGGAAAUUCAGAUAUCUGGAUUAAAAGAACACCUGGACAAGGAACAUCAGAAAUGGCGUUCAGCUCAAACGAAUUACGAAAGACAAGUUAUUCUCCAGUCAGAGACUAUUCAGGAGUUGACUAAAACAUCUGAAAUGCUAGCUUCACUGCAGGAGGAGGCAUCUAAAUUACGUAAAUUAGCUGAUGCUCAGAAAAUUGAAAAUAAUGAACUAAAGGCUAAGUCGGAAGAGGAGAAGGCGAGACUUGAGAAGUCUAAGUAUGAUGCUGAGAAGAAAUACAAUGAAAUCAACGAACAGAAUAAAAUCCUACAUAGCCAACUUGAGGCAUUACAUAUUCAAUGGGCUGAGAAGGAGCGUAAUGCUACUGGUAUUUCACCUGGAAGUAGUAGUGAUACAUUUGCUGAUGCUGGCCUUCAAAAUGUUGUCAUUUAUCUCCGCCGUUCAAAAGAAAUUGCAGAAACAGAGGUUUCGUUGUUAAAACAGGAAAAGCUGCGAUUACAGUCACAGCUUGAGGGUGCUUUGAAGGCAGCCGAAUCUGCAAAUGCAUCUCUAGAAGCUCAGCGUGUAAAAUCAAGAUCAUUUAUGUUCACUGAAGAAGAAUUCAAAUCAUUACAGCUUCAGGUCAGGGAAAUAAACUUGCUUCGUGAGAGUAAUAUGCAGCUCAGGGAAGAAAAUAAGCACAAUUUUGAGGAAUGCCAGAAAUUGCGUGAACUAGCAGAAAAGGCAAGAGCCGAGAAAGACAAUCUAGAGAAUCUUAUAAGGGAUAGGGAAAUUGAGCUGGAAGGUCAUAAAAAAGAGAUCGAAACACUAAAAAUUGAAAAGGAACAUCUCAAUCACAAGGUUUCUGAGUUGCUUGAAAGGAGUAAAAAUGUUGACGUGGAGGAUUAUGAUCGAGUGAAGAAACUUGUAAGAGAUUUGCAGGAUAAACUAAGAGAUAGGGAUGCUCAGAUUGAGGACACUGGUAAAAUUCUAUCAAAAAAACAUGAAUCUAUGUCACGUCUAGAGCAAAACCUUUCAAACUGCAAAUUGGAGCUUUUGGAGAAAGAGAAGAGAAUUAAUGAGUUUCCGAAAAUUGAGGUCUUUGACAUAUUCUGUCUUAAAUUUAAAUGUUUAGGAAAAAGUUUGUUUUGUUUAAAAACUUAUGCUGUUACAUGGUUGUUUGAACAGGCUACCCUAAAACAGGAUGCGGAAAAGAAUAGGAAAAUGCAGGCCCAUUUGAAGAAAAGGAUUGAUGUGUUGUCAAGGGAAAAGGAAGACCUAGUAAAAGAGAAUCAGCAACUUUCUAGACAAUUAGAUGAGAUUAAACAAGUGAAAAGAUCAACAAGUGAUACAACUGGCGAACAAGGAAUGAAUCAUGAAAAGGACACCAGAAUACAGAUGCUGGAAAAAUAUGUGGAGAAAGUUAAAGCUGAAUUAACUAAAGAGAAGGAAGACAAAUCCCUGGAGAAAAAUAAACGACUGAAAAGUGAAAAGGCUAUAAUGGACUCUUACAACAUUGUUGAGCAUGAGAAAAAACAGUUUCUUAAUGAACUUGAGAGGCAUAAGGAGGCUCUAAAGCGGUUGUCUGAUGAAGUCGAAAAGCUUAAGAUUAUUGUUGGCAAUAUUCCUGAGGGAACCAAUGUUGCUCAACUUCUUUCGGGAUCCAUUGUUGAUGACAUCUCUGCUCCUUAUAUCUCCGCUGUUGAAAAUUUUGAAAAGGAAGCUCAUGCAGUAUUUGUUGAGUUUGGUGGCCGUGCGACUCUUGGAGAUGCAUCAACAGUUCCAGAUAGUUCAGCAACUGCUACAGGUUCUCUGGUCCAUACUCAUGUCCCAAACAUAUUACCCUUGGCAGCCCCUGUAACAAGCAGUUUGCCACUUAAGGCCACUGGAGAUAGUGAGAAAAGACCUGGACCUACAAAAUCUAGUGUGGAAACUCGUAAAAUUGGUAGGAGAUUGGUCAGGCCACGACUAGUAAAGCCAGAUGAGCCACAAGGUGACACUGAAAUGUCUGAUGUUGAAGUACUUGGGGGCAACAAGCCUGGACCAUCUAUUGACACAGAAACCCAAAGCGAUUUUGCUUCAUCAUCUCAACCAGCGGCUCGGAAACGUCUUGCACCUAUCUCAACAUCCGAAUUACGCAAAGAAUCUGUUGCACCUGGUGAGAAGAGCUCUGAUGUAAUAGCACCUUUGUUAAAGAAGCCUAAAGGAUCUGAAUCUCCAGAAAAGAGUGGCGAAGAACAACCUUCUACAACCCCAGAAUUUACUAGCAGUCAGCCAGUUGCUGAAGAAUCAUUUGAAAGUGGUGAGUUGCCACAAGGCCAAAAUGAGGAAGUCAGUGAGGCUCAAAAUGAUGAUGAGACAGAUGUUGGGAAGGAUGAAGAUUCUAAAGAUCCACCACACUUGGAUGGCACUAGUCAAGAUGAAUUACAAGCUGACAAGACUGGAAUUUCAGAAGAGAACCUGGAUCAACCUGCAGAGACAAAAAUGGUAUCUGAUGAGAUGCAGAGGGAUCAUACUGAGAUAGACAACCAACAAUCAACAUUGCCUCUGAAUAGUGAGACAGAAGAGGGAGAGUUGUUGCAAGAAGCCGGAGAUCCUGAGGGUGGCUGUGAUGAUGAAAACCAAGAAUCUCGGGAGGCAACCCCUGAACCUUCCCCUGCUAGGGGUGAUGAUGAUGCUUUAGAGGCCGGUGAGAUUAAUUCGCCCGAGGUUUCAAGUGAUGAUAAGAAUGAUGAAGGUGACUUGGUUGAGGAUGCUGCUGAUGGUUCUGAUAAAUUAGUUGAUAACGAACCAAUUGCAGUUGAGAGUGAUCCAGUAGCUGAGGCUGCACCUGUUGUGAGUGAGAGUAAUUUGCAGAGUAGCGUUGGAGAAAGCAGUCCCUCUAAAUUACCUGUUUCAAAGCAAGGGACCACCAGUGUCCCCUCUAAAACAGAAGAGGUAAAGCCAUCAUCACCAAUUAGUGAUAUGUCAUCAACUACCAUUAAUAUACACGAGCGAGCCCGACAGAUGGCUCAAUUAAGACAAGCAGGGCAAGCUGGAACUAGUGUGUUUACCACUGCAGGAAGAGGUCGUGGAAGAGCUCCCCGUGGCCGGCUUCAAAGAGGUCGUGGACGAAGACCACCAUCUAGUGAUGCAUAAAUGCAAUGCCAUCAGUAAUUGAAUUUUAAUGACGCAGUAGUACUUGUAGACUUCCUCUCGUCUGGUAAAACAGUUUACUUAUGAGUAGGUGUAAAUGGGCAAACAGUUAUUAUUAUGUAAAUACAAUUUUGUGAACUUGUUUCCGCUUUCUACUUUGUGUUCAUUAUACUGUGACCUGACACCUUAAUGUUGAAUUGAGAUCGGUUUCUGAUUUAGUAAUUUACAUGUUUGGUUUCCA